AUGCACGUUAAAAUUAAAGCACCGUUGAUAAAAAACUUAAUUCAAUUUUUCUUAGCCAUACUUUAUUUGAUCAUAAUAAAACAAUCAAUUGGCGAUCCAUCUAUUAAAAUAUCGAAUGUUGCAAAAGAAAAUGAUAUAGUUUCAACAGGAACUAAAAUUAAAGUAGAUUACAAGAUGUAG